AUGGCCUCUGAACAGAAGUCCUUGAACGGAUUCCAAACGCCUCCCAGCAACAGGACUGAGAACUGUCCUCAAGGCGCCGUCGAUUCCCAAGCCAAUCCCGCGAUGUCUUCCACCAGCGCGACCCCUCCCCCAAAUUCGCUGGCCCCUCAUGUUCAAGACAUCGCUGACGUCCGUGAUGAACUCCGAAAAGCGCUGCCAUUCUACAAGAACAUCUAUGCCACCCUCGAGGUCCAACCCGAGGUCCUCUCCAGGCUCGACGUCCUCCAGCAUCUGGGAGUCAACAUCCACCACCCUCACAUUGCUCGUCCUGGCGGCCUUGGUAGCCUGCUUGGAAUCUGGAAUGAGCUGGCUGGAUACUCCAAUAAGCAAAUUUGGGAUUUGAAGAACAAGAAUGCCAGUCUGAAUCAUGAGAUCAGCAACUUGAAGAGAAAGGUUGCCGACCUCGAAGCCAGUGACACAAAACCCGAUCAAGAGAUGGCCGGUACCGAAAAGAAAGAAACCGCCAAAGAGCCCGCCCGAUUUGAUGGCUCCGAGCCUAACAAGUAUGUUCGGUAUUUCAGCUUUAUGCUCUGGAAACGCGACAUCACCCGCGCCUGGAGCGACAAGCCAGACACCUUCAAAACGGAGAAGGUCAAGAUCUGCUACAUCUUGUUUCUGAUGGCGAUGCUUUUGGGGAUAUUGCUGAUGCAGUCGAGGCGAUUGUGA